UCAACCCUCGAUGCUACUGGUAGGGAAAACUUGUUUUCUACUCAAAUCAACCCUAAUGAAUUGACUUCUACGAAUGUUUCUCAAUCUGGCUGCAGUAAUUUACUUGAAACAACCUCCUCCAUCACGGUUCCACAAAAUGAAAAAAUUCCUGAACCAGAGCUAUCAUCCCAAUCAAAUAUGCUCCAUUCUGGGGAUUUAAUGUGCCCACUUAAGCCAGAAAUCAUUGAAAGCUUGUGCCAAAUUGUUACCUCUCCAAGGACAACGGAGACUGCCCGCAAUUGGGCAUUCCAUCUUAUCACUGAUUUAGCUCGAGCAAGUAAAUCUAUGCAGCUACUGAUGCUUAAGCUUCUACGUUCAGCCACUGCUCAGUUACUUCCCAUAAUAUCCAAACAACUCGAUGUAAGCUCUGAUAUUUCUUGA